AUGGAGUACCUAGAGGGAGAGGCUCCUGAUCCGUCAGAAAAUAAUUCAGUACCAACAGCUUCAACAUCAGAAGAACCAAGCUACCAAGUUGCUCAAGUUCCUGUCACCCAAGACACCCAAAUUGCCUACAACGACGGCACUGAAACUGCCUGCAAACGUGAUACCGAAACAGCCGAAGUUGCCAGCGACCAUGGCACCCAGAUUCCUGUCGACCAUGGCACCCGAGUUCCUAUCGAUGAAGGCAUCCAGAUUCCUGGAGACCAGAUUCCUGUUAGCGAAGUCGCCCAGGUUCCUGGCACCCCGAUUCUUGUAGACCCUGGCGUCCAGGUUCCCGGCGCACAGAUUGCCGUCUAUCAGGGCGCCCCAACGGAUGCCGGCAGCGGUGCCCAAGCUGCUGCUCAAACCUCUGGGGAAAACAUACCAAAAGGCAACGAGAUGAGUGAAAGCCCGGAUGAACCACCUCACGAUAUUGAAAACCAGUUUAUAUUGCGUCUGCCUGCGGAACAUGCUGCUACUGUCAGGAAGCUUCUAAAAGGAAGCUCUAAUAGCAUUGCCAUGAAGGAUAAACUAAAAAUUGACUUAAAUCCCGAUACACGUCAGGCAGUUGUUGAGAUAGAAGAUGUCUCACUAACUGCUAAGCUGGUUGACUUGCCCUGUGUUGUUGAAAGCUUUAAAUCUCUUGAUAAAACAGCCUUUUAUAAAUCAGCAGAUAUUUCCCAGAUGCUCGUGUGCAGUGCUGCUCCUGUUCAUCAUUCUCCUCCAGAAGAACCAGUUACUUCUACUGAUUUAAAAACUAUCAGGAAAAAUGAGGAGAGACAGAAAAAACCUAACUGGAAACAUGGCAUUACUCCACCACUGAAGAAUGUCAGGAAGAAAAGAUUCCGGAAAGUAACCAAAAAGCAUGCUGAAGUCAAAGAAAUGGAAGAAAUCAGCUUUACUGAGUACAUUGACUCUUCAGAUGUGGAAAAGGAAGUGAAGAGACUGCUGUGUUCAGACGCUGAAGCUGUCAGUGCCCGAUGGGAAGUCAUUGCUGACGAUGAAACCAAGGAAAUAGAAUGCCAAGGCACCAUUCCAAGUUUUGAUUUUGCCUCCAAAAUGAUUUGCCACCAGCAGGACCAGCUCUCACCAGAAUAUGAUAUUCUUCGGGAGAGGUUAACUGAUUCUAGCAGUAGCCGUGAUCAUGAGGCUGAGAAGGAGACAGAGCCUGAUUAUGUUCAGGUAGAGAAGGAUGACAAAGAGGAGGAAGACAAAGAGGAUGAGAAGGCUGAAGAUGAUCCUGAAGAGGCUCUGGAAAGGGAGCUGCAAGUCAAGUUCGCUAAAUUAGGCUGUUACAAGGCAAAGGAAGGGACCACUUCAAUGGUCAAGAAAAUUCAGAAGCAGAUUUAUUGCAUGGAGAAGAAGGUCAAAGAAAUUCAGAACAAAGUAAAAAGAAAGGAGAAUCUUAUCAAGAAAGUGGAAAACUUGACACUCAAGAGUUAUUUACAGUCUGGGCUGAAGCAGCUUAAAAUACAAGAAAGCGAAAAAAUUGAGGAGGCAUCUAAAGGUUGUCUGGAAAUAGCUCAGUUGCAUCCAGUUAUAGUCACAAUUGAUGAACUCGGGUGCUGCUCCAGGAAAUGUACGCCCAAGUUAUCUGUGCAGCAUUUAGUCCUAUUCAACGUCAGUGUUAUAAGCCCAGGGCAGAGAAGAACAGCCAAAUCUGUUAACUUAAUCAACAGUUUUGAAGACUUGAUGAUGGUGCAGGACCGGGCAAUAUUUUGA